CGCCACGGGUUCCGGGCCGCCAAGCGGCCGCGCUGAGGCACCGCCCCCGACCGGAGGCUGGCGAGGGCAGUCCUGUCUCUUUAAGUUCGAAAUCCCGCGCAGGCGCCAGUUCUCGCGAUCUCCGAGGUCGCCUACAUAUUACCCACAAUUCUCCGUUCUUUCUCUCUCUUCCUGAGGAACACAAGAUGCCGAAGGGGAAGAAGGCGAAGGGGAAGAAGGUGGCCCCGGCCCCCGCCGUCGUGAAGAAGCAGGAGGCCAAGAAGGUGGUGAACCCGCUGUUCGAGAAGCGGCCCAAGAACUUCGGCAUCGGUCAGGACAUCCAGCCCAAGCGGGACCUGACGCGCUUCGUCAAGUGGCCGCGCUACAUCCGGCUGCAGCGGCAGCGCGCGAUCCUCUACAAGCGGCUCAAGGUGCCGCCGGCCAUCAACCAGUUCACGCAGGCCCUGGACCGCCAGACGGCCACGCAGCUGCUCAAGCUGGCGCACAAGUACCGGCCCGAGACGAAGCAGGAGAAGAAGCAGCGGCUGCUGGCCCGGGCCGAGAAGAAAGCGGCCGGCAAAGGCGACGUCCCCACCAAGAGGCCGCCCGUGCUGCGAGCCGGGGUGAACACGGUCACCACGCUGGUGGAGAACAAGAAGGCCCAGCUGGUCGUGAUCGCGCACGACGUGGACCCCAUUGAGCUGGUGGUGUUCCUGCCCGCCCUGUGCCGCAAGAUGGGGGUUCCCUACUGCAUCAUCAAGGGGAAGGCCAGGCUGGGGCGUCUGGUCCACAGGAAGACCUGCACCACGGUCGCUUUCACGCAGGUCAACUCGGAAGACAAAGGGGCUCUGGCGAAGCUGGUGGAAGCCAUCAGGACCAAUUACAACGACCGGUACGACGAGAUCCGCCGCCACUGGGGAGGCAACGUCCUGGGCCCGAAGUCGGUGGCUCGCAUCGCCAAGCUGGAGAAGGCAAAGGCUAAAGAGCUGGCCACCAAACUGGGCUGAGCGGCCGCGGCCGCGCACUGUACAUAAACUAAUAAAGU